GGAUCAAACAAUAAAAAUAAAUAACUCGGGAUCGGAAUACAAGACGUUGCUUUGGAAAAAAUAUAAUGAUACGGGUGUCAAUCCCUUCUUAUCACAAAGUUGUUGAAGAUAACAACGAUUCCUACACGGUUUUCACCACUGAAGUAUGCAUCAUAGCUACUGGAAAGAUCAUCAGUGUUCAAAAGAGAUACUCAGAAUUUGAGUUGCUACAUAAACAGCUAAAGAAACAAAUGAAAACUCCAGAAUUCCCCCCAAAGAAAGUGAUGAAGUUUAGCUAUAAAGUUCUAGAACAAAGAAGACUGGCAUUACAAACAUACUUACAAGGAGUAGUGUUAACAGACAAGAUCCCUAAAGUUCUCCUUCAUUUUCUGAAUGUGGAGCAGUACAUUUAUGGAAGCCAAGAUUCCCUAGACCAGAUUGACUCCAGUAAUAGGACCACACAUCAGCCCUUGAUUGCCUUUGCCCCGGAGGCUUAUCUACAGGACAGCAACAGAAAUGCAUCAUGGGAUAUUGUGAGUGCUGGAGUUUUGGCCGCCUUGUACAACAAUGUGGAAGAUCUUGUGGUACGAUGAUGAAAACUUAAUAAAAAGCAAACUAGUCAGCAUUACAAAUCACACUGCCAACGCAGCAGUAUAAUGAUUUUACACUCCAACAAAAUGAAUUUUCACCAGUUGGAGCAUAUAUAUACCUGCUCUCUUUAAAAGAGUAAUAAUUGGCAUUCCAACUUACUUAUUUUAAUAUUAUUUAUUUUUUCUUAACUUUUACUAUUCGCUUUAGUUUUAUGCUUUAUUUUUCUUUUUAUCAAAGAUUUUGUCAAAGUCAAUGAAGAUAUGUCUCAUUUUUUAUUUAUGAUUUUUUUCAUAAAAUAUGCAUUCAAAUAAAAUAGUCAUGUGAUCCUUUUUUUCUGUAUAAGUAAUUGAUAGAAACAAAUGUUGAUGUGACAAUAAUUGAUCUCUAGAAGAAAACAAAUCUUUUGAAGCUACAUUUACUCGCAUAUGUGUGCUUAAGUGUCUUUUUAUCCUAGUAUUACCAGUAUUUGCUUUUGAAACAGGUGCAGGGAUUUGCUUUUACAUCAAAUAUUUUGAUCUUAAAGAUAUUUUUUAUUUCUCACUAUUAGUUCAUUUUCUUUAAUUUUACUGUAAAAAAACACAUUUUCUGUGUCAAAUUUUCAUGGUUUAAGAAAAAAGUAUUUGUUCAUGGAGGGUUUAAUUUGUUUAGUUUUGUGUAAAAAUUAGCAUUGCAUGGUAGACAUGAACUUGUGUUUCUCUUCAGAAAACCAAAAACAUUAACCUCCCACAAAAAUUGUAAUUUUACAAAAAUAUAUUAAUGAAAAAAAUAUACAUAAGUUAAGAAAAUGUUAAGUUACUUAAUAUCAGGUGAUUCAUGAAAUAUAUAAUUUUCUUCCAUUAUGCAAUGUAGUUGUGCAAUGUACUGAAAUUAUGUCUGUUUUAUAAUUCUGCAGCUACUAUAAUUUCUUUAAUCAGUGCAUAUACAAAUGUGCAAUGAUCUUUAACAUUUUAGCUACGUAUGAUGCAUAUUUAUUUUAAUAAAGAUAAAUACAUUGGAUUCUCU